UCAUUUACCCAGCGAUCCAUAUAUUUUUAAUCAAUGUAACAGAAGUAAACGAAAGUUAUCCUUACACCAGAUAUCCUAACCACAUAGUUUAUCAUAACUUGUUUCUAAACCAAUUAAUCUAGUAGAUUAACCGCUAUAUUGGAUUACUUUUCAGGCAUAAAAUAAAAUUAUCUUUAAAUCUUCUCGUAUUAGUUCUCUGAAGGAAAUCUAUUUGGUGUUGUCGUUGCUUGAAACAAAUUUCUUACGAACUAUUUUGUUCAUCGCGGAAGGAUUCCGUUUGCCACGUAUUAAAAAGGUAAAAGCGCUGCUAGCACCGGCUUAUUCAAAUUUUGUUUCCCAGAGGAGACGGACGCAUCUUGAUUAAAGAAAUAUGGAGAGUAUUAAACCACAAUUGGAGAAAUAUGGGCAAGAACAUCUUGUUAAGUUCUGGAAUGAACUAAGCAAAGCUGAACAAAACAGCUAUCUAGAAGAACUGAAGAAAUUGAACUUGGAAGAAAUCACAGGCUACUUUAAAAAUGCCCAGGAAACUCUGAAAGCAGCCUGCAACAAGAUUGAUGAUCUUCUACAGCCUCUGCCUUCAGAUGUCUAUGGGAGUUUUCAGAACUCAUCACCAGAACAGUUAGCCAAAUACUAUGAAAAAGGAUUAAAAUUGAUUGCUGAGAACAAAUUGUGUGUGCUGUUGCUGGCUGGUGGUCAAGGGACAAGACUUGGUGUGAAAUAUCCAAAAGGAAUGUAUAAUGUUGGAUUGCCAUCUGGAAAGACUCUUUACCAAUUACAAGCAGAACGCAUUCUUAAACUACAAAAAUUAGCUGGCAACAACUGCAGCAUCCCAUGGUACAUCAUGACCAGUGACCACACGAAAGAAAGCACAGAACUGUUCUUUGAGAAACAUGGCUAUUUUGGUCUGAAGAAGGAGAAUGUUGUGAUCUUUCAGCAGUUCUUGCUUCCAUGUUUGACAUUUGGUGGCAAAAUAAUCAACAAUGCUAAAAACGGUUUAGCAAUGGCACCAGAUGGUAAUGGUGGACUGUACAAGGCCCUCAGAGAACAUGGGGUAUUACAAAACAUGAAAUCCAGGGGCAUACAAUAUAUACAUGCAUACUGUGUGGACAAUAUAUUAGUGAAGAUGGCUGACCCUAUAUUUAUGGCUUAUUGUGUUGACAAAAAGGCUGAUUGUGGAGCCAAGGUCGUGAAGAAGGCUUUUCCUACUGAACCAGUGGGUGUCGUCUGUAAAGUUGAUGGAAAAUUCCAAGUUGUGGAAUAUAGUGAAAUAACAACAUCGACAGCGGAGAAACAGGACAAAAAUGGACAACUGCUCUUCAAUGCCGGAAAUAUUUGUAAUCAUUUCUUUACUUUAGGUUUUCUGGAUGCUGUUUGUAAUGAAAAUGAAUCUGAACUGAAACAUCACAUAGCCAAAAAGAAGAUUGGUUUUAUUGAUGAGAAGGGAGAAUUUGUACAACCAUCAGAACCAAAUGGAAUCAAAAUGGAAAAAUUCGUUUUUGAUGUCUUUAAGUUUUCCAAAAACUUUGCUGUUUGGGAGGUUGUCCGUGAGGAUGAAUUUUCCCCAUUGAAGAAUGCUGAUGGAAAACCAAAAGACACACCUACAACUUGUCGAUUGGCGCUACAGAACUUACAUUGCCGUUACAUAGUGAACGCUGGUGGAACAGUGAAACUACCUGAUGGUUCUUCAUUUUGCGAAAAUGAUGAUAUUCAGAACACACCUGUCUGUGAGAUAUCACCUUUAGUAUCAUAUGCUGGUGAGGGUUUGGAAAAGCUCGUCAGAAACAAAACAUUUGCUGUACCUGUCACUUUGACAGAGGAUUCUAUGAAUGGAAUUUAAUUUGUACAACUAAAUUUCACUUUUCUUCAAUUCUUCUUGGUCAUUCCUCACAGAAUUAUUUUUGUUAUCCAUUGGUAACAACUAUAAUGGUCAUAAAUUGGGAACAAUAUAUUAAGAAACUAAACUGAAAUGAACAGACUGCUUAUAUAUAUUUUAUUUAUUCUUGUAUAACUGUUGCUUAUCUGAAUUAUUUCAGGGGUUUUCCUUUUCUAUAAAUGUUUGGUUUGGUUUUUUGUUUUUCCUUCAAUAUAAAUGACUGUCAAGUCGUGUAUAUUUUUUUAAAUAAAAACAAUUUUUACUUCCAA